GUUAAUUAUGUGUGGUGGUGAAAGACUUCAAGAGGAGGAGAAGGAAAUCAUCCCAACAUUGAUAGAAGUCACGAGUUAGAGAAAAAAGAAAAGAACUCUACAAAUUCCAAACCUUUCAAUGGCAUCUGCAUUGUCAUAUUCUCAAUCUUUGGCGCCCGCUUCUUAUGAUGUAUUUCUAAGCUUUAGAGGAGAAGAUACCCGCAAGACCUUUGUAGAUCAUCUCUAUUCCGCCCUUGUACAACGACUAAUCCACACAUAUAAAGAUGAUGAAACACUUCCCCGGGGUGUAUCCAUCGGUCCAUCCCUCUUAAAGGCUAUCAAACAAUCACGUAUAGCUGUUAUAAUAUUCUCCAAAAACUAUGCGGAUUCUUCUUGGUGCUUGGAUGAACUUGAGUAUAUCAUGAAAUGCAUACAUGAGACCGGGCUCAUUGUUAUGCCCGUAUUCUAUGACGUGGACCCAUCUGAAGUAGAAAAUCAAAAGGGAGAUUUUGGAAAUGGAUUUGCUAAGCAAAAGGCAAACAACAUCAGUAAAAUUGAAUCAUGGAGAAAAGCACUUGUUGAUGCAUGUAACCUUUCUGGAUGGGAACCCAAAAACGUUGCUAACGGGCAUGAAUCAAAAGUCAUAAAAGAAAUCGCAGAUAAGAUUUUUGAUAGACUGUUUCCCUCUAAUCCAAAUAUUGAUGAUGGGCAGCUUGUUGGAAUGAGGACUAGAUUGCAAGAAAUAAUAGCACAAUUAGAGAUGGGUUUAGGUGAUGUACAGAUGGUUGGAAUAUGGGGGGUUGGUGGCAGUGGCAAGACUACUCUUGCAAAUUCUGUUUAUACGGAAAUCUCUCAUAAGUUUGAGGGUAGCUGCAUUGUGGAAAAUAUUCGAGAGGAUUCAAUAAAAAAUGGUUUAAAAAAAUUGCAAGAAGACAUUUUAUCAUCUAUUUUAAAUAUAAAGGUGGUAGUAUCCAGUAUUAUAGAAGGAAAAAACAAGAUAAAAACUAUGUUAUGUCGUAGAAAAGUGUUGAUAUUCCUUGAUGAUGUUGAUAAACUCGAGCAAUUACAAACAUUAGCUGGAUCACAUAAAUGGUUUGGAGGUGGGAGUCGAAUAAUAAUCACAACUAGAGAUGAGCAUUUGCUAAGAGCCCACAAGGUUAACCAGGUUUGUCCUGUGAGAUUAUUAUCAGAUGAUGAGGCUAGUCAGCUUUUCAAAAUACAUGCAUAUAAUGAAAAUAACCUAGUAAAAGGUUAUGAGAAGCUCUCAUUGCGUGUGGUUUCCUAUGCUUCCGGGCUUCCAUUAGCCGUUAGAGUUUUAGGUAGUUUUCUAUGUGACAAAGAUGAGACGGAGUGGAUGAGCGCAUUGGAUAGAUUGAAAGACAUUCCCCAAAAGGAAAUUGUGGAGACGCUCAAAAUUAGCUAUGAUGGACUUGACAUUGUGGAAAAAGAGUUAUUCUUGGACAUUGCAUGUUUUUUCAGGUUUUAUACCACCAAAUAUGCAAUGGAGAUGCUUGAAGCAUUUGGGUAUCACCCUUGUAUAGGUAUAAAGAUUUUAAGAGAAAAAGCUCUCGUAACUAUUGGUAGGAAUGGUAUGCUUGAUAUGCACGAUCUAAUUCAAGAAAUGGGACACUUCAUUGUCAGAAGUGAAAAUCCUGACAAUCCUGAAAAACAUAGCAGAGUUUGGAAACAUGAAGAAAUCAGUAACAUGUGUUCUCGUGGCACAAUAAUGGAAAAUGACAAAAUUGAAGCAAUAGAAUAUAUUUGUGAUCAUGACUAUGAUCAUGACCAUGAUCAUUCAUCAUGCUUGUGUAUGAUUGUUUCAAACAUGAAACGACUAAGGUGGCUUAAGGUGAAUAUAAUGGAUGACAAGUUUGAUGGAGGGCCUAGUUUUCUUUCAAAUGAUUUAAAGUAUAUUCAUUGGUGGAACUAUCCUACAAGUCCAUUUCCGGACAGUUUUCAACCGGUGAAGCUGGUUGUUAUAAAAUUGGAUUGCAGUUUGCAAAAAGAACUUUGGAUGGGUUACAAGCAUUUACCUCAUUUGAAAGUGCUUGUACUCCGUAUGAUGAAAAACCUGCUCAGCACACCAGACUUCAAGGGACUACCUUGUCUUCAAACAUUUAUUCUUCAUGACAGUUUCAAGUUAGAAGAGAUCCACCCAUCACUUGGAAAUCAUACAAGUAUUGAAUACAUACAAGUAUCACAGUGUAACAGGCUUCGUCUGUUUCCAACAAUUGUCCAAAUGGGAAAACUCAAAACUCUCAAAAUAAAGGAGUGUCCUGCGAUUUCUGAGUUCCCAAAGAUCCAAGCAAACAUGGAAAGCUUAGUGAAGUUGUCUUUGGAAGGGAUUGGGAUUGAAGUUCUACCUUCAUCAAUUGGAGAAUGUUGUACCAACCUUAUUUCAUUGAAAGUGUGUGGUUGUUCUGAACUAAAGAGCAUUGAAUUCAACUUGGAUGCCUUAAAACAUCUAAGUGUGUUCAAAUGUCGUCAUUUUUGUAGGAUUAGUAUGUUGAUGUUCCAUCACUUUCCACGUAGCUUAAGAAAGUUGGAUCUCAGUGAUUUAGAUUUCAGAGAUGGAGAAAUUCCAUCAGAUAUUGGUGAGUUAUCCAACUUACAAGAGCUUUAUCUAAGCAGGAAUGAAUUUACACGGAUAGAUUUCAGCCUCUCACGACUUACUCAGCUCAAACUCCUCAACUUGAUGGAAUGCACACGGCUUGUAGAAUUGCCCAAGCUCCCAUCGAGUUUAGCUAUUCUCCGAGCAGGCUAUUGCAAAUCGGUUACAACUUUUGGAGAUUGCUACAAAGAAUGUAAAAGGUUACGUCUAGUCUCACUAAUGUACGGGAGUGUUGUAAAUGAUGGUGACAGACUACUAGAAUUCAUGCUUCAGGAAAAUGCUAUUGAAGAUCACUCUAUGCUUCUUGAACUGCGAGGCGUUGAGAUUCCAAAGGGGUUUAUACCCCGUCUUUGUUAUGGAAUUAGAUGUACAUUGCAACUUCCAAAUAACUGGUCUGACGACUUUUGCGGAUUCCUAAUAUGUGCUGUUUUCACACGUGGAUACCGCCACGAACCUGUAAAGAUAAGUAUGAGACAACCAAUGAGCGAGGGUAUGGAUUCUCGAGAAAACGAUGGGGUUUGGGAGGAAGGUAUGCAAGAUACUUUUACAUGGGUGGGGUAUAUUACAUUUAGUUCUUUGAAACACACUUCUUGGUGGGAUCAUACAUACAACACCCUUUCCUUUUCCAUUGAUGAAGAUAGGUACAAAUUUUGUAGCGGGUUUGGCGUUAGGCUCGUUUCCAGGAAUAUCAGAGAUGGUCGUCUAAGAGAAACAUUAACAAAUUCUUCUGAACUUUCAGAUUAUAAACCUAAGUUCAUGAUUCUACAUGACUCGGCAUAUGCUUUAGAGAUUUCUCUUGGCAAGUGGGGUCCAUGAACUCAUUUGGGUUCUCCUACCACUCGAUUUUGAAGGAUAAUUAUCUCCUUUGAUUUGAUUCUCUGUUCUGUUUCUCAUGUAAGAGAUUGAAAGUAAAUAUAUUAUAAUUGGUUCAUUUGAAAA